AUGUCCUCCACCGUAAUUCCUUGUAUUGUUUCUGCCUUGGAUGCUGUGCAGUCUGAAAUAGCGAACGAUCCUCCCGUUGACGACGAAUCGAGAAUGCUUAAGAGACUGAAACAGAUACUGAACCUUUGGUUGAGGAAUAUCAAAACGUUUGCUGUCCUUUCUAACAAAAAGUUAGGCAACGAUGCGACUUUGGCAUCUCUGCUGCUAAGGAUUGAACAUGUUGUUCGCAAGAUCCUGCAGCAAAUUCCCAUUUUCGCGGUUCCUCGAUGGAGCAGUAGUUUUGAGGUUCCUCAACGUAGAAGUUGCGAGGAACAGACGAAGUUGCAUGAUAGUAUUGCUUCUGAGUUCCUUAAAGACGACAAGUCUUUGCAGGAAGAAAUACGUAAUUGCUACGUAGCUAUGCAGCAAUCAAGCACUUGUCUUACCACAACCGAUCUCUCUGAAAUCGUUCGUUGCAUUUUGGAGACUCUACUGGAUUUUCAUUCUGUAAUCUUGGGGCAAAUAAUAAGUCCACAUCUCUUUGAAGAGCACACUUCCAUGGAAGCAUAUGUGAAAGCCUUGAAAGACCAUAUUGCAUUCUUGCAAAGGAUUACGGUUUCAAAAAUGUUGCAAAUGAUCAACCCUGUAGAUCCUAAAGUGUUUGAUACAUACACACACGCCCUAAGCAGCUCUAGGUUGCCAAGCCUUUCAAUUCCUCUCACCACUCAAUGCGACGCGUAUGAUGAUGACGCCACAAUUCCAACUUUGAUCACUUUCCUUGAUUCUCUCAUUUCUAGUCUUUGGCGGCUACUACGGUUUGAUUCUUGCCGUUUAGCCUUUGUGAAGCAUCAUCUGCAAGAGCUCUAUGGAGGACUUCGAUCUUUGAGAGCCAUACUCAAGCAUCUGAAGAAGAAGAAGCCAAACAACAACAGCAUUCAGCAACAGAUUGCAGCCGUGGUGUGUGAUGCCGGAAUCCUGAUUUUCUCAUUGUACCAGAAUCAUUCCCAAGUUGACUUUUCUCGGCUUCUGAACUUGUUACACAUUAUUAUGGCAAAACAGCUUGAUUUUUCCGAUACUAUAUUUCUUAGAUUGGUGGAGGUCACAAAUUUCGGAGGUUACCCAAAUGCCACAGGCCAUCUUUAA